CCCUCUCUCUGCCUCUCUACGAAAACACUUUCGGGAAGAAUAAAGUUUUUUUUCUCCCCCUUCUCCAGCGCCCAGCCAGCCUCCGCUCAGAGCCAAGCCGUGGCCUAGCAGGAAGAACGGCUCGACUAUGUGGAGAAACAAGCGGGCUCCUGGGGAACCCUGGGCUUGGCUCGUAUUACUGGUGACGCUCGUCGAUGCUUAUCGAUUCCUGAACCAGAACACAGCCUCCCAGUUCCUCAGCAGGCACAGGAGAGCCAACUCUCUGUUUGAGGAGAGCAAGAAGGGCAACUUGGAGAGGGAGUGCAUUGAGGAGCUGUGCAACAAGGAGGAAGCCAGGGAGAUCUUUGAGAACCAGCCGGAGACGGAGUACUUUUACCCAAAGUAUGUUGCGUGUCUGGGUUCGCACCGCGUUGGCAUCAGCAUGCAGAACUCUGGCUCUGCCAUCCCAUCUGAUCUUCGGACCUGCGUGAAUGAGAUCAGUAACCAGUGCACGCCAUACCCGUGCUACAGGGAGGGUUCAGAGCGCUGCUUGGAUGGUCAGGCAUCAUUCACAUGUGUGUGUAAGCCUGGCUGGAAGGGGCAGCGCUGUGAGGACGACAUCGACGAAUGCAAUGAUCCCGAAUUUCCAGCAGGAUGUAACCAAAAAUGCAACAACUUACCUGGUACUUUCCACUGCUUGUGUGAAGAUGGAUACUUCAUCAAUGAUAACAUUAACUGCGUGGACAUCAAUGAAUGCCUGCUGUACCCCAGCAUCUGUGAAGAACCAGCUCGGUGUGUCAACACGCCCGGCAUGUAUGAAUGCCAGUGUCCUCAGGGAUUUAAGUAUAAUUUCACUUCCAGGACCUGCAAUGAUGUGGACGAGUGUGAGACGAGCGUGUGCGACGACAUCUGCAUAAACACGGUUGGCAGUUACACUUGCCACUGCGAUGGCCGUCAGGGGUUUCGUCUGGCAGCGGACGAGCGAAACUGCGAGACAAUCCCGGUUUGCGUCGACCUUAAUGACUUCAAACACCCCGAGAUGCUUUACCUGGGGGAGCAGUUUGCAGGACUUCCUGUCAUUUAUCUGCUCUUCCGGCUGCCAGAGAACACCAAGUUUGCAGCUGAGUUUGACUUCCGGACGUUUGACCCGGAGGGAGUUAUUCUGUACGCACAGUCUUCGCAGGACUCGUGGUUCAUGCUGGGGCUGAGGGACGGCCGCAUUGAGGUCCAGUUCAAAAACCAACACUCAUUUAAGGUGACCAGUGGAGGAAAAGCCAUCAAUGACGGGCAGUGGCACGUGAUCUCUGUGGACGAGUUAGAGAGCAGCAUCAGUGUGAAAAUCAGCAAGGAGGCUGUGAUGAGCAUCAACAGCCCCGAGAGCCUCUUUACUUCCGUUAAUGGCAAACUGGAGACCAAAGUGUACAUCGCCGCUCUUCCUAACCGUACUGACAACGUCAUCAAGCCUAUCAACCCUCGUCUCGACGGCUGCAUCCGCGGCUGGAAUCUGAUGAACCAGGGGGCGUCCGGAGUGAAGGAGGUCAUCCACGAGAAGAAGAGCAAGCACUGCUUUGUGUACGUGGAGCGAGGAUCGUUCUUCUCCGGGGAAGGACUGGCUCAGUUCAACAUAGACUACAGUGACUCAGGGAGCUGGAACGUAGAUGUGAAGAUGAAUAUACGACCAUCCAGCAGCACGGGGGUCCUCUUUGCUCUUGUCCACAACAACACUGUCCCGCUGUCGGUUGCUGUUGUAACAAAGGGAGAGGACGAUGCUGAUUUGCAAGUGUUCCUGGAUGGCGUGUCCGUAGCGACGCUGGACUCAGUGAUGCUGUGUUACCCCGAACGAGUGACGGUGCAUCUGAACGUGACGGCCACAGAAAUCCAGAUCACAGCCAACUCUUCCACCGUCAGCUACAUGAAGCCUGACGCUCUGCGGCAGGCACUGGCUCGCCUCAACACGACCAUGGAGAAUCCCAUCAGUACAUAUAUCGGUGGAAUACCUGACAGCGUGCAGUUACUUGCCCACCCCAUCACCGCCUUUUACCACGGCUGCAUGGACAUCACCGUCAACGACGAGCCGCUGGACUUCGACGAGGCUCUGAGCAAACACAACAGCAUCAAGGCGCAUUCCUGUCCCCCCGUCUCUGCCGACGAGAGUCACCCCGACCCAUCACACAGAAAGUGACUUUAAUUAACAGCCAUGAUACAUCAAAAAGCCCUCAAAUUAAGCCACAUCCCACUGGGGCUACCUACUGAGAUAUUUUAAAUGUUUCAUCCAUGCAGUAUUAUUGUGUCUGGAAGGGGAGCAUGUGUUUGAGUUUUUUUCUGGGGUUUUUUUUUUUGUUUUUUUUUAAUUCUUUCCUGUUUUUUGUGAGUCACAACGAAAGCUGGCCUGCCACUGAGCCGGUCGGAAGCUGAAUGACAUAGUUUUAGCAAUAUUAUUGCAAAUAACUUAAGUGUUUUCCAAGAAUCGUUGAAAAAGAGCUGAGCUCUUUAGUACGCGUCUCGCAUGUGUUGAGCAACAGAUGGUUCUGUUUGUGUCACCAAGAAAAAAAAAAAACAAAUGGUUACUGUUGACCAGGCUGUAAGGCCACCUGCACCCUCUUCCCUUGCUGAAUAAUCAUGGUACUAUCUCGAAAUUCUCCUCCUCUGGAGACAACGAGCUGAAAGUGUGGUUGUGACAGAAAAAAAACCCGCAGAGGACCAAGCAGAGCUUUCCGGCAUUGUUGUUUGAAUCAUCAUUCUGACCGGAAUUCUGUUUUCCAAACACAUUGCAUUGGUUUAAUCCUUUUUGAAAACA